UGAAUUCUCUUGUGCUGUGUAGGACGGAAGUGCAGUUGUGUAGAACCAAAGACGAGUAUUUUGCACGUUUGUAUUUGUGUGAGCGAUUGGUGAUUCAACUCAGCCAGUGCUCGAUAUGAGCCAGCAAUCUUCAGGCGCAACCACGGAAGACAAAGGAGUUUCCGUAACUCUCAUGCCAAGUAUCAUGAUAGAGACUACGGAAAAUCAAAUUCUUGAAGUCGGAAUGUACCCACUCGUCAAGCAUUCCCCAGUGAUACGAAAGAUGCUCUACACCUAUUGCAGCAACCCCCAACUGCUAGACCCUGUCCUGAGAUUAGACCCCGGAUUUGAUACACCAACCCUUUUGAAGGUAAUUGAAUGGUGUGAUCAUUAUCGGGAUUGGGAUCCCUCUGUACCGAUGGAGCUUUCUGAGAUCUCAGAUUGGGAUGCGCAGUUUCUCAAAAUGGAUAUGAAAGCUUUAUUGGAGGUUGUUAAGGCUUCGUAUUAUCUGGAAAUUGACGGACUCGGGGAUGUUACAUGCCAUGGACUUGCCCAGCUCAUGGAAGGCAAAAGUCCUCAGCAGUUGAGAGAAAUGUUCAAUAUUGUUAAUGAUUUCCGAAGUGACGAAGAAGUGAUCGCCCGCGCCUGUUUAGAAGCCAGGGCAUCGGCAUGUCUUCACGCACGAAUGUCGACCUCCUCAAAACAAUCUCGUAAGCAAGCCCGAGCCGCCGCCAGAAGUAAACAGGCGUCAUCUCAGUCCUCCUCCUCAACGUCCUCAAAGGGUAAUAUGAACUCCGUGCGUUCACCAUAACUGAUUUCCGGCGAUCUACCGUGAUUAGUUAAAAGAAACUGCGCUGCGUGGUAUCGCCUGACAUACGAUGCCACACUUGCCUCAAGACUCUGUUAUUUCGUACAUUUGGACGACCUGCUCCGUGAAAGGUUUUGUGACUUCGCUUAACACGUGUGGAAAUAGAGACUCGUGUGACGAAUUGAAGGAGAAAGUUGGAUCACUGUGGUGCAUUUUGGGAACACGUGAUCAAGUGCCAGCCUGUUCCCUAUCAGUUUCAGGGUUUUACGAGUGGAAUAGUGGUGAAAAUGACGAUGGUUGCGCAGCAAAGAAUAGUUACUGAACAACUUCGGCGCGAAGCGAGCGUACGACGUAUCACUGUUUCGCAAGCAGUGGAAGAUAUAAAGGAUGUUGUGAAUUCUUCAUACUUUUUGUUCUGUACGAGUGUUCUGAGAAAGUUUUUGAAAAUGAGUGUCAUUGAUGCUGUGAGAGCGUAUAUACAGAAGAUGAUCGACAAUGCGGGCCCUGGAUUGAAAGCGCUGCUCAUGGAUAAGGAAACCACGAGCAUUGUGAGCACUGUGUAUUCGCAGUCAGAAGUUCUUGCAAAAGAAGUAUUUCUGUUCGAGCGCAUUGAUUCCGGGGGAUAUCGCAGCUCAAUGCCACACCUGAGGUGCGUGGUGUUCCUUCGUCCGACCAAAGAGAACCUGGAUGCCCUGAAGGAGGAACUCCGGGAGCCCAAAUAUUCCAGCGGCUACUACAUCUACUUUACGCACUUCGUGAAGAAGGAAGACAUACGUGACUUGGCGUUUGCGGACCAGCACGAAGUUGUGCGAGACGUGAGCGAGAUGUACGCGGAUUUCCUCGCCGUCUCCCCGCACUUGUUCUCGUUGAACGUGCCGUCGUGUUUGCGGGGACUGGAGUGGAGACACGAGGCCCUGCUUCGUUGCGUGCAAGGAUUAACCGCCGUGCUUUUAUCGUUGAAAAAGAACCCGGUUAUUCGGUACCAGGCCCAUUCCCCGCGUGCUCAGCGACUCGCCGAACGUGUCCAGGAUGUGAUCAACAAAGAAGCCUCGUUGUUUGACUUUAGGAAAAGCGAAAAUCAGCCAGUGUUGCUUGUGAUAGAUCGCCGAGACGAUACAGUUACUCCGUUGCUGAACCAGUGGACGUAUCAAGCCAUGGUUCACGAGCUACUUGGGAUCCGGAACAACCGAGUGAGCUUGCGAGGACGAGACGGGAUCCCAAAGGAUCUCCAAGAAGUUGUCAUGUCUCCGUUGCACGAUGAAAUUUACGCUUCUAACUUGUAUAAUAAUUUUGGCGAGAUCGGGACGGCCAUCAAGAGUAUGAUGGAGGAUUUCCAAGCACAGUCGAGGUCCAAUCAGAAACUGGAUACUUUGUCGGAUAUGAAAGCAUUCGUGGAAAAUUAUCCACAGUUCAAGAAGAUGUCGGGCACUGUGACGAAACAUGUCACUGUUGUUGGAGAGUUGUCGAAAAUCGUCUCUAGUCAUCAUUUGCUUCAGGUGUCGGAAAAUGAGCAGGAAUUGGUCUCACAAGGAAACCAUGCUCAGUCGCUACAGAAAAUUCGACAAUUGGUGAACGCGAGCAAGGUUCGGGAUAUCGACGCACUUCGUUUAGUGCUGCUUUACGCUCUACGGUACGAAACACAUUCCAACAACGACAUCAUGGGGAUCACGGGUCUCCUGAAGAACCGAGGGAUCGGAACGGAUGCUGGGAAGAUUGUCGCUUCCAUGCUGGAGUACGGAGGUGCUAAAGCCAGAGGCGGGGAUUUGUUUGGCACUCAGGACGCCGUGAAGAUCACGAAAAGAUUAUUCCAGGGAUUGAAGGAAGUCGAGAAUAUUUACACCCAGCAUCAGCCUUUGCUCGUGGAAACGGUGCGAUUAUUGUCCCGUGGGCGGCUGAAGGAAAUGAAUUACCCGUUCGUGACCCCGAGCGAUGCGACGAGGAUCCCGAGCGAAGUGGUGCUAUUUAUAGUCGGCGGGGCUACUUACGAGGAAUCCGCGGCCAUUUUCCAGUUUAACAAUAAUAACCCAUCGGGUACCCGAGUGAUCCUUGGUGGCACGACCAUUCACAAUUCCGAAAGCUUUCUCGAGGAAGUGUCGAGUGCCGUCGAAGGUAUUCACGUGCGACACGCCCGAAGGCUUGUCCAUUGAGGUUUGAGGUUUUUUUUUCGUGUUACGCCGUGAUUAUUGAUGCUCGUGAUAUUUAUUUUUUUCUGUUGCACCGGGGUCGUUGCUUUUUUUUGUGGUUGCGGAAGAAAAAUACCGUAUUUCCUUGAAUAUUCCUGUGAUGAAAUUCGAGAAUUUUGAAAAUCGAUUUCCAGAAACAGUAAAUGGCGUUAUAUCCUGCAUUUCAGUGUAAUUUGAUUCAAUUAUUAGUUUCAACCAAAGGAAAAAGAAAACUUUUUGGUUGCUAUCCAUUUUCUUUUGCGUUUUGGCUUACUGUUUUGGAAAGAGAAUUGAUCACGAAUAAUUUCUCUGGGAAUUACUGUACUUGAAUAGCAGUGUAACAUUUUUCCAUUAAAUAAUUUAUGAAUACCACUUCGUUUAAAUUACAUGAUCGGAAUGCAUAGAAAUUAUUACUUCCUGAAAGUUUGUAUUUGGGAUGAAUUCCUUACCUUCGAAAACUACUUGUUAUUGAAUCAAAAUUUUGUUGAAUUGUAGAAAUAGUUUUAUUAUCCUGACUAAAUUCUGUUGUCUCUUUCUAAGAUGUCAGUCCAACUACGGACAUUUUUUCGCUUCAAACAAGAGUCAAUCGUUUCCGAAAGGCGCCGCUUUUUGGUUUACUUACAUUUUCGUGCUGAUUAAGAAAAGUCUUAUAUUCAAGUGAAUACGGUAUUUGAUUUUGCUUGGAACAAUUUAUGAAAAAUAUUUUUCGUGGAGGUUUGCAAUAUCUUAUGAGAAGUUUUACGUCAUGAUACUCAGUCAGAGGAAAGCAUAUUGACGUCGAUCAAAGGGAAAGCUAUGGAAUUUUCGGUUGCCUGGGAAUGCUUUGAUUUUGGAAAAUUAUGUUGGAAGGGAUUCGAAAUGAUGUGAAAAUUAUUUCUUGAUUAGUGAAAUUUGUUUUUAUUUUUUUGAAUCAUAAGUUUUGGAUGUUUUUCUCUGAACAUUAUGUGUUCACGGUAUUUGCAUUGUUGAAACGCUUCUUAUCAUGGAUGAAAACUUGAGCAAUGAAUUCUGAGUUAAUGUCAGCAGGCAUGAAAGUGGAGGAGAUUACGACUGCGGGUGAAAUCUAACAUUCAUGGAAAUACUUGGAUGAAGUAGUGGGCAUCGUAGGAAAAUUUGUCCCAAGAGUUUUAUUGACUCAAUCGGAAUUUUUACUAUGAUCAUCAGAAUUAGGAAUGAUUUUUUUUUCAUCGUUUAAUUGUGGCUGAUGCUGUUCAAUUCAUGAUUCCAAUUUUCUGCCUGUGCGCUGUGGCGAAGGUGAUUUCUUUAUUAGUAUUGCAUUCAUGGUGUGGAAAACUUCGAUCUUUCGCUGCGUUAAUUUGAUUAUGUUUCAACUGAAGAGUUCCUCGUCGAUCCGUUUCUUAUUUUUUUGUUUUGUUUUGGGCGCUCAAAUUUUGCAGGGGAUUUUGUUUUAAAAUUUUAUGAAGGUAUGUAACGGCCAGUGGUUGAUGAAAAAAAGAAAUGGCAAGCAUUUUUUGAGGCAUGUCUACACUUUGAAACCUGUGAGAAAAUCAGGAAAACCCACCAGAAUUCCGACCCGGAUUAUUGUUUCCAUGCAUUGUUUUGUGAUGAAAGAUUUACUGGAGUGCUGAAAAAAGAAAAGGUGGAAGAACAAAGAACGUGGAGGAAAAGGUGAAGCGUGAAAAUGACUUCAUUUAUUCCGCCAAAAAAUCGCAGUGACACAAAUGCACCAUGCGGUGAAAGCUCCAGUGUGAGAAUAGAACCGUGAGCCCCCAGAACUCGCUUCCCUCAGGAACUGAGUGUCGACUAGGUUCUUCGUUGCAUCUGGAAAAAUGAAGUGCAGGGAAAAAAAUCAAGAGGAGAAAAAAAAAGUGCAAAAAUUUUUUUCGCCAAAACUGGAGAAGUACCGAAUCCCAAUACCGAAUUCUACCAUGCUGCCCAAAGUGCCAGGAUUGACAAGAUGAAACAUUUAUCCUGGAAAGUGUUUUUUUUUCUCCUGACAUGACCUGGACCUGGGAUUCCACGAAACAUUGAAUUCUGGUGAAAAGCACAAUUUCGUGAUUAUUGCCAAAAAAGGUCGCUUUUAGAACGGGGCUCUUCAAAUGAUUUGUCAAAUCGACCACUUACAACGUGUAUAGGUGGUGCCCCACAGUUUGACCCUAACCCUGUGCUGAUUUGACUAGGGUCAAAUCAUGAAGCAGUUGCAUUGCAAGACAAUGUCAAAUGCAAUGUUUUCUACAUCAUAUUUGACAUUUUGCAUCUCUUUGUGGGCCAAAUUUUGGGGCAGAGGUCAAAUUGCAAGUUGACCUUCCAGAAAAUUUGACCAUCAAAUUGUGGGAUGGACAAAUUGCAGGGUGGUCAAAUUUUGAGGUACCAGCUGUAUAGGUACAGUACUUUCAUAUCAUCUUCUCAGUACCAGGGACCCCAAGUAAAAUUCAUAGAUGUAUUUAAAAUAAUGGUUACAUCAAUGCCUGCAAUUGCACAUUUUUCACAUUGUGAACAGUUACAGAGGAAAGUUUCUGGCCAAUUUUAACAAAUAAUUGUAAAAAAAUCAGC